ACGAACGCUUCUAUAGCAAACACGACACUCAGAAACAUGGCUGACAUGACGCGAAUAGUGCCGAUCACACACAAUAUGCUGGUCGCGAGCAGUAAUGGCGCGUCAGUGGAGCUGCCACGAGCACCGACAAGCAAGACGGAAUUGGGCGCAAAGCCUCAAACGGCACAUGUCUUGCCGACACCCUCGCGCCUCUUGCAACUUCCAGCAGAGUUGAGAAACCGCAUCUAUCGGCUCGUGUUGCACACAGCGGGAGAAGAAGAUCGCAUCAUUGUCACAGAGUUUGGCCACGAGCGGCCGGCGCUGCUGCAGACAUGUAAGAAGAUCCGAAAUGAAGCUCUCAAGAUAUACUACUACGAAAACUCCUUCCGCAUCGACAUGAACUCCUACGACUCCGCUCUCUUGGCAAGAUUCACGCGCAAACUACGAGACCUGGGCCUGGAGACCCACAGCGCCAAGCCAGCGAAGGAAUACGUCGAGUGCUAUCUACGUUAUGGUGACCGCGAACCGAACUGGGCCAACUUACUGCAGUGGAUGAAGUUCGUGCACAGUGGACUUGUCCCUCCUAGGAAGCUCACGCCUGCUGAGCGAUGGGCUUCGGGCCGGCAUAGCACAGUGCGAAUUGUGAUUUCGUCGAUGAACAAUAUGGUAAGGUGUCUUGCGGAUAGGCCCUGGGAAGAAGUGAAGAAGCUAUUGGAAGAUCAGAGAGUGGUGCUUGCUACUACGAACGCAAGGUGGAUGGAUGACUGAGGUGCGCAUUGUGAAGCUGCUCCAGUGCCCGAUCAGCAGGAGCUAUUACCCCGAACGGGUCUUUGCGGCGAAGCAGUAUCCGGACUUGAAGCUGAGAACUGGAGGAUCUCCUCUCGUUGUGGGAGAGGCAUACUUUUUGACACGUGUUUCGAGUGGAAGCCAAACCGGACCGAGCUUGGACGAGAAGCCGGCGUGUUCAACAUGUGUCCGUGUCAGAACGCGCAUGCAGGGUGACCCAGUCGUCACUGGAUAUUGGCGAAUACGGUGGACCGUGACGGAGCAGAGGAAAGCAUCAAAACGCGCAAGUUCUUGCAGAAUAUGGCAACUAGUGCGAGGAGAUCAUUGAUCAAACUUGUGGUCACAGAGACUUCAGCCCGCGCCGAACAUCCGUACCUC